AUGAAUGAACGCCGUGAGGAGGUUCGCCUUUACUACGACAAACUCGAGACUGAGACAGCAAAGAUUCAAGCAGACCCCCUGCUGUUCUCAGACGACGUUUUCACCAUUGAGCCCUUGGAGGGAGAGGUUGGUCCACAUAGUUCAAUGGAAAUCAAGGUGUUCUUUAAACCCCAACAAGCCCAAGUCUAUGAAAGAGUGGCCCACUGUGACAUCUCAGGCCGUGAGAGCAGGCUGCCCCUGCGCCUCAAAGGGGAAGGCCUCGGGCCCUGCCUCCAGCUCAACAUUGAUGAACUCAACAUGGGGAAGCUUUUUGUUGGAGAAACCUACAGCUAUGAGGCGAUGCUGGUUAACAAAGGAGAUAUUGACACUCCCUUUGAGCUCGUCCCUUCAACCACCAGCUAUGGCUCCUGCUUCAGCUUUCUGCCCCAGAAGGGCAUCAUUCCACCAAAUGGGUUCCAGUCCCUCCAGAUCUCCUUCAGUUCCACCACCCUGGGGGAGUUCUAUGAAAAAUUCCAGUUCAAUGUGACUGCAUCCCCUAAGCCUGUGACCUUUACUAUCAGGGGCCAGGUCACUGGACUGAGCCUGAAUUUCAGCACAGGAACCCUUGACUUCAAUGACGUCUCCUUUGGCUUUCCUCACACCUUGUCGUGCCGCCUGAUCAACACCUCCGUGGUGCCCAUCACCUUCCACCUUCGCAUUCCUGAGGACGGCCAGGGACAGCCCAGCCUUACCAGCUUUGAUCAAAUGAAAGACAACGAUCACCCAUCCUGGGAAAAGGGCACAUUGACUCAAUUUCAUGAGAAACCAAAGGAAUUUACCAUAACACCGAGCACAGGCACCAUCCAUGCCAGGGGAUUCCAGGAGAUCACGGUCACACUGUGUUCCAAUGAUGUGGGACAGUACGACUGUGAUAUGGUGGUGGACGUGGAUGGUUUUGGAAAGGAGGUGUUAGCUCUGCGCCUCAAAGCCAGAUGUGUCAUUCCUGACCUCCGGUUGCUCAACUCCACCCUCGACUGUGGAAAGUUCUCUCUAAAGGAGCCUUGCAAGCAAAAGCUGACCCUCGUGAACCCGAGCCCCCUUCCAGGAUGCUACAGAGUUCUCCCUCAGAAACACCAAGAGGAGGCUACUCUGUGGUACUCCUGCCCCAAGCCGUGUGGGAUUAUCCAGGGUCACGACGUGCUGGAGAUCCCAAUCACGGUUGAAGCCCAGGCGGUGGGUGCUCAUUCCACCGUGGUGGAUAUCGCCGUGUUCGGGAAGGAAAGACACCCACUGCAAAUGGAGUUAAUGUGCACUGGAAACAUACCGCUCGUCUAUGCAACUGUGACUAAGAUAAACUUCGGCAAGAUCCGAGCGAUACAGGACGCUUCUGAAACCUUCCAGCUGUGCAAUCUGAGUAUUGUCCCUGCAGCCUUCAGAGUGGAGAUCGGUGGCAAGUGCUGGAGAAUUGAACCCAGGGAGGGAGUGAUCCCUGCCAACACUGAGAUUCCUAUGGUCAUCACGGCAAACCUGGAUGACACAGGGAAAUUCGAAGACAGCAUGAAGCUGUUCAUUGAGAACAGCCUUACCAGUGUCAUCCCCAUCGAGGCUGUAGGCUUUGGCACCACAGUUACCAUUGACAAACCGUUUGCUCCAGAGCUCAAGCUGGAACCCCAGUUCAACUCUGUUCCCUGCAUUUUCCGGUUCAACGUAACCAACAAGGGACGGCAGUUCCAGCGGCUGUACUGGGGCACAGAAGGUUUCAGCACCUUUCGACAGCGUCAUCCCCUCCCUGCCCUCAGUGUCCCCAGGGGCAAAAAUGCUUCCCAGAGACCCAAAUCUGCCACCCCCAUAUUUAAGCUGCGGCCACGGUGUAUGCAUCUGCAGCCAGGAGAGACCUCGGAGCUGGUGGUGGAAGGCUUCUCCAGCAUUGUCCAGGAGGUGCAGGAGAAGCUGGUGUGUUGCACAGCCGUGGGGUCAGAUACAGCAAUGAAAGAGAUAAUAAAGACAAAGGUCACCUGCAAGUUCAUUUCUGCCACCCUGGAAGUGUCGUCCACUGCAAUCGCUUUCCGUGUGGAGAAGUACCCCGAUGAUGUCCUGACUCUUCAGUACAAGCCUCUGUCUUUAAAAAACACCUGCUGCUUGCCAUUCAGCGUCUUGCUGGAUGUGGAGGAGCCGUUCCUAGUCUGUGACGUGGACCAGCAGCCCCUCCCUGCAGAGGCUCAGCCUGUGAAGAUGGAGGCAGGGGAGGAGCUUCAUCUCUAUGUUGGCUUUAACCCAGCUCAUAAAAAGGAUCCGAUCAGCUGGGUAAUGGAGAAGACUAUGAAGAUCCGGUUAGUGGAACAUCCUCUUGCGGAAGACAUCACCGUUCGGGGAGAAGUCUACUUCCCGAAUCUUCAUAUCCCAGCCAAAGAACUGGACUUUGGUUGCAUCGAGGGUGGCACAGAAAAAGUGCGUUACCUGGAGAUGACCAACUGCAGCCCAAUUCCUGCCCACUACCGCUGGUCAUUCCAGAUGGACAGCGUGGAGUACCCGAAAGGGUUCAUCCCUUCCCCACCAUCAAAACCCCAACCACAAAUGGCCAAAUUCGGCUGUGUUGAGUGUGGGCGUUAUUCAAGGAGAUACUCCAGGCCUGGAAGUGUGCAGGAGCCAGCCAAAGCCCCAAAAGCAGCGCAGGACUCUCCCCAGCAGUCAUCACAUUCAGAGAAGUGCCUGGAAACAGAAGAGGAUUCUUCUGAAGAGUCUUCAGAUUCAGAGGACUCUCUGGAAACAGAUGAUGAUUCUUCUGAAGAGUCAUCAGAUGGAGAGGACUCCCUGGAAACAGAGGACGAUUCUUCUGAAGAGUCAUCAGAUGGAGAGGAUUCGCCGGAAACAAAGCAGGAUUCUUCUGAACAGUCACCAGAUUCAGAGGAUUCUCCGGAAACAAAGCAGGAUUCUUCUGAACAGCCACCAGAUUCAGAGGACUCCCCGGAAGCAAAGGUGCCGCCAGACACUGUUGCAGAGUCUCGGAGCUCUGUGGAGACGAAGGGAUCUGGGCAGUCAUCGGAGACAAAGCCCUCUGGUUUCAGAGCAGAGGAGGUUUUCAAUGUCCAGCCGGUGUCUGGUGUGCUGGAGCCGGGCAAGAGCCAGCAGGUGCCCUUCACCUUCUUUGGCCACACCAACAUCAUCGCCCGUGUCACGGCGCUGUGCCAGGUGGAGGGAGGCCCGACCUACCAGGUGGAGCUGAAGGGGGAGACUUCGGUCCUCACCUACCAACUGAGUGUUGAGGAGAUCAACUUUGGGCUGCAGCUCUUUAACGAAGUCAUCACAUCAGAGGUCACCCUGCAGAACAAGGGGAAGAUCGGAUUCACCUACACGGUACAGAGCCCCAGCACUGGCACUGCAGACAACCCUCUGCCUGGUGUGCUCGUGGUCGUGCCCGACACAGCUUACAUUGAACCUGGCGAGGAGCAAGUGCUGAAGCUCCAUUACCUGCCAGGAGUGCCAGGAGUCUUCUGCAGGACUUUCAAGGUUCAAGUGGACAACCUGAAACCGGCAGAAAUCUCCCUGAAGGGAGAGGCAGUCUUUGCUGGGAUCUGUAUGAAUCUGCCCUGGAGCAUCAAAGGAAAUAAAAAAUACAAGGAGCUAUUGAAACAGGCAAAAGGCAAGCUGAAAAAAGACAUUCGGGAGAGGAAAGCAAGUAUUUGGAGGAAGCUUCCAGUCAGGAGGCAACACGUGAAGGGCCGUGGCAUUGUGUCCAACAUUUGGCUGCGGAUGCAGAUGGAGGAGAUGCUGAUAAAGGAAGAUGCUCAGGAGCAAUACCAAAUUCUCAUCUCCCGCCCCCCAGAGGACACUGUCUUUGACAAGCACAUUGCUCAGAAGCUUGUCCAACUCAAGCUGCCCGAGUACAUCCUGGACAUGGGCACUGUCGUUCAGGGCUACAGUAAAACCUGCACUGUGCAGGUCACCAACACCUGGACGUACCCCGUGGCCGUCCAGGCCAAGGAACGUGCCCUGCAUAACACAGGUUUCAGCAUACACCUGGAGCCCAUGAAGUUCCUGGUCUACGGCGCCAGCAGGCUGUUUCAAGUGAACUUUGAAAGUGCCAACCUGCCAGUGGGAAAGGUGGAUGUGCUCCUGCCCAUCAAGGUGGAGAAAGGCCCCACGCUGCACAUCCGCCUCCGUGCCACUGUGGUUCAGCUGUUGCUCAGCGUCUCCAGGGACAGCAUAGAGUUCCCCGAUGUCCAGGUUGGGCAGAGCCAGUAUGAAAUAGUCCGGCUCUACAACCACUUUGACGCGCCCUGUGAAUGGUCCAUCACUGUCAACAAACCUGACAAGAAGGUGGAAAAACGUCCGAAGGAACUCAAGGCUGGGAAGGAUGUCUUUCAGUUGAAGGCCUGUGAGGGAACCCUUUAUGGCAGAGAGUGGUAUGAUCUUCAGAUCCAGUUUACACCCCAGGAAGAGAAAUCCUACAAAACCGAGCUGAAGAUCAACAUUCGUGGGAACAGCCAGCUCCUCGUGCUGCACGUCUCAGGACAGGGUCUCGAGCCACAGCUGGAGUUCAGCCCCGCAGAGAUCAAUCUGGGAGCGCUGCUGCCGUGCAGCUCUGAGCUGGAGAGGACAGUGGUGGUGAAGAACCCCUGCAAGUUCCCCAUUGAAUUUUACUCGCUGGAGUUUGAUGAGGAGUACCGUGAGGAGGAGAAGAUCCUGCGCACGCUGGAGGAGUUUGGAGACCGGACGGCCUUGAUGAUACCUCCACGCGCUGUGGGUGAGAAGCUGCCUCCAGAGGUGCUGGAAUACUAUGAGAAAUGGAAGCUGAUGGAGGCUCUGGGCCAAGAGAUUAUAUCCCAGCGCAAGGAAGAAUCAGGCCAGGACAAUGCAGUGCUUCAGGAGAGCAUCAGGUUGUUGAAGGACAUGUUGGACAAGUGUGAGCGCCCCAUCGAUCAGGCCAUCAGGCGCUACCUCGACACCAAUCCCUUUAUAGAAGAGUUCAGAGCCCAAAAGCCCAAAGGGAUUGCCAUCAUCGUCUAUGGGACACCCCGGACAGGAAAGACCAGGGUCGCGGCCGCCCUGUCCAGGUAUUACGGUGCCGCCUGCUUGUCCCUCGACCAGAUAGUGACAGAAGCCAUGCUGGACAUUGGCAGUUUGGUGGGGCGCCGUGCCCGGCACGUGUGCGUGGAGGCUGCCCAACAGGAAAUAGCCAUGGGAAAACAGAUGCCAGGUAAAAAGGAUGCUCAGACCAAGAAAACCCAGCCCAGCUCUAGGGACAAAGCUGGCCAGACAACCUCCCAUGCCGGACCCCAGAGCACUUCAGCAGCCAAGGAUAAGGCAUCCAGCAAAUCUCAGAUCGAAAGUGUUGCCACUGCUCCUGCACCACAGCCAUUGAGCUUCUAUGCCUGGAGGGGGAAGAGGAAGGAAAGGCUGGAGUGUUGGACCCGUGUGCUGCCUGAGAAAUUGCUGGUGGAUAUCAUCUCUGAUCGGCUGCAGCGGAGGGACUGCUACAAGGGAGUGGUGUUUGAUGGCCUGGAGACCCUCUUUGCGAGCAACCUGGCAUCUUCUCUCUUGUGCGUGCUCAAAGCUCUCGGUGACCGCCCUCAUAUCUACGCUGUGAACAUCUUCCAGGAUUCUGAGUUCUGGAAAGGCAGGCAGAGAGCUGCAAGAGAGAGGAGGACCGCUAAAAAAGUGUGGAAAGCACGGGAGAAGGCAGAAGCUGCCCGGAGAAAGGAAGAACGCCUCUGGGAUGUGGAUGUGGACGAGUACAACGCCCUCCCUGAGUGGAAGAAAGCUCUGCUUGAUUACAAAAUAGAAAAGAUUAAGCGUCAGCGGCGUAAGAAAAGGGAGCUUGAGCAGCUGGCUCGGGAGCGUGAGGAAAGCAAAAAGGUGACAUCACAAGCCUCAAAGAAGCAAGAUAAGCAACAGGAGAAGAAGACUGGCCGCUCAGUGAAGUUACCCGCAAAACCACAGCAGAAGGAAACCAAAACCCCAGAGGUCCAGGGCAAGCUCAAAAAACCAGCAGCAGCAAAACCACAGCAGAAGGAAACCAAAGGCCCACAGGUCCAAAGUAAGGGCAAAAAACCAGCAGCAGCAAAACAACAGCAGCAGGACACCAAAAUCCCAGAGGUCCCGAGUGAGCGUGAGAGGAUCUUGGACCUGAGGUUUAACAUCUAUGAGUCUUCGCAGAAGAACAUCGGACAUAUUCUGUCAUCCUGGGACAGGGUUCAGGGUAUCAUGAACCAAGUGGAAGACAAGUCCCAGUCUUCCCCUAAACGCAAAGACGAGAAGAACAGGAAGUCUCCAGAGAAGCCAGAGAAGGAGCCUCUGGAAAAACAUGGCGACUGUGAGAGUCUUCAGCAGGAAGGGGAAGUUGCAGAAGGCUCAGUCGCAAGCCAGGACAUUGGAGUACCCUGCUUGGACUUCCACUUAACACGUCAUCAGAAGGUGUUAAGGAGGAUCAUGAAGAGCAAGAAGCUGCCACCAGCAAAGCAGAUCCUGAACUCUCUGGGACUGGGUCCCUUAGGGCCUCCCAUUCCCCCUGGAGUUCUUUUCUCCGUGAUCCUCUACCCAGAGGAGGACAGAGUGCCCGCAGCAGCAGAAGAGCUCAGACACUUCAUCCUUGUUGAACCUGAAUAUGCUGCCACAGAUAAUGAUGUGGUCUCAGAGGCAGAGGCACAGGACCCCUUGAGCGAGGAGAGUGGCACGAGCAGCACCCAGGAAAAGCAGAGCUCCACCCAGAGCACAGAAAGUCUGCAGGAUCACUCCCCAGAAACACGCAAAAGUUCACUUGAGUCAAUGGAAAGCCAACUGCAGAGUGGCUCAACCCUGGAGGGACCUGACAGUGCCCCCAUGGGAUGGCGAGUGCACAGCCCUCCUCCUUGUCUCCUUUGCUCCUUAGCAAUGUCUGAAGCUUCCUUUUUACCUGCCAGGCUGAGAAGAUUCCGGUGGAUAGUUCCUGCCCACGGUGAGGUGGAACUGAAGAUUCGCUUCAGCGCCACAGUACCGGGGCAGUUUGACCAGAUGAUGAAUUUUGAGAUCCUGGGGACAAAGCGCUUGUACCAGUUGCCCUGCAGUGCCACUGCCCUGUACCCCAGCAUCAGCCAGAACCCACGGCUGGUGUUUCCUCAUUGGAGGAAGAGCAAGGAGGAAGAGGAGAUCGUCUGCAAGGAGUAUGUCAUGAGCACAAAGCAGUUCUACUUUGGACCGCUGCUUUGUGGAAAGUCAAGAGAGUGGGACAAGUCCCAGAACUGCACCGACAACAUCGAGAAGUUAACCAUCUUCAAUGACUUCGCCAUGGAGGCAGAGGUGCAUUUCUCCUUUGAGAACGACGACAAAGGAGAGACAUUCCUUUUGGACCCUCCCAGCAUGACACUGAAACCCAAAGAGAAGAAGAAGCUGAGUAUUUGGGCAUACCCGAGUUCCGCUGGCCUCGUGGAAGACAGUCUCAUCUGCUGCAUCAAGAACAACCCGGAGCCAGUGGUCUUCCGACUCAGCUGCGAAGGGGUGCACGUGAAGCUGGGGGUCAGCCCCCAGGAGCUGCAGUUCAACAAGCUGCUUCUGCACAGGACUGACACCCAGACCCUGGUCCUGAAAAACGACGGCCCACUGCCCAUGGCAUGGUAUCUCAGUGGGCUGGAUGACCUCGGAGAUGACUUCUCUGUGUCACAAGGCAGGGGCAUUGUUGGCCCCCACUCGGACUUCGAGGUGAAACUGAAUUUCAGGGCCGAGAAGAUUGGCAUCACUAACAAGAUGAUCCGACUAGAGGUUUCAGAUGCAGAAAACAUCCUGGGGAUUGUUCAUGCUGAAACUAUCAAAAUCUCUGUCGAGGUCUAUGAUGUUAAUCUGAACAUCAACAUGCCUGAAGGUCCAGACGGCACCGUGGAAUUUGGAACCAUUAAUGUCCUGGAUAAGAAGAAGGAAGUCCUGAGCCUGAAGAACCAAGGCUUAUAUGACAUUGAGUACAGCUUCAAGCUGAGAGCUGGAAGUGCCAAAGUCGGCAAGUUGGAAUCUCACUUCACUGUCCAGCCACAGAGGGGUUUGCUGAAAGCCUCCAAGCCACCUGUGAAAGUUGAGAUUCUCUUCCACCCUACAGCUGAAGUGUUUAUUAAGAGCAGACCCAUCCUGCUCUGCCAGGUCAUUGAUCCCAAACUGAGUGAAGAAGAGCAGGCCGUUGCCACCAUCCCACUGAGUGUGUCGGCAAGAGCUGUGUACAGCAAGUACAACAUCGAGCCUGCCUCACCCAUGGACUUUGGCGCCAUGAUUAAGGGCACGAAGGCGACCCAGACCUUAAUUCUGGAGAACAAAGGUUCCCUCAGCUUCAAAUUCGUCAUCGACCAAGCAUCUCCACUGCAAAGUUCACAGCAAGAGGAAUCUGCCCCCUUGGAAAGGGAAGGAAAGCGCUCGGAGCAGGCUCAGCUCACCGUAGGCAUGUUCACGGUGUCCCCUUGCUCCGGCUCCAUCGGUCCUUGGGGCAACCAGAAGAUCACAGUGGAGUGCAAUGCAGGACCAGAGGGGAAAUGUGAGGAGCAGCUGUGCAUUGACAUCAGCAACAGAGACCCCAAGGACAAUCCCCUCGGCAUUCCCUUUAUCCUGACUGCCGAGUCCUGCUUCCCAGCACUUGUUGAAGACGUCUCAUCCAUCUUCGAGAAGUACCCGAUACACAGCAACGUCAAUCUCCACCAGACGUUACAGACAGUGCAAGGCAAUGGCGUCUUCAUCAAAGAAGACAACAAAUUCAUUUUCACCAAAGUUCUGGUUGGACAAGAGGCCACAGCUCAGUUCAAGAUCUCGAACGGCAGCAGUAUCCCAUGUGACGUGGUCCUCUCCAUCAAAGCCAUGCCUGGAGAGCCUCACGACGUCAUCAGCAACAUCUUCAAGUUGGAUCCUGACAAGAUGAGCCUUCCCGGCUUAUCCCACGCCUUUGCUACAGUGACCUUCUCUCCAGAACAAAAGGAAGAGUACCAGGGCAUUUUCACAGCUUCCCUUGUUACCCCAACAAGCUCCGUGAAUGCAGCACCACAACAACUGACCUUCACUAUCAGUGGAGAGGGGAACGUGCCUGAGGUGACAGUGGUGUACCCAGGCCUUCAGAGCAAGAGAGGAAACCCUGUGCUGCGCUUCAGGAGACUCCUGCUGGGGGAUUCACAGAAACUCCCCCUGGUCCUUCGUAACAACGGCGUCAUACCCACCAAGUUUGCAGUACGACUCUUGGAUGAACAGCGAGUUUUCUCCAUGAAAGGCAGGAAGUCUGCAUUCCAGGCCUUCCACAUUGGAGACGUGGAAGAGGACUCCACCAGAAAAGCCAAGAAGCAUCACAAGCAGCCUUACAUGCUCCUGGAACAGGGACAAUCAGCAGAAUUUGACGUGUUUUUCAAACCCACCCGGGUCCAACGUCUGGAAGGGAAGGUCCGUGUGGAACUGUCAGGCAGUAAUGAGAUCAACAUCGAGCUGGUGGGUGAAGGCUAUGAUGAUGACUUCACCCUGGAUAACCUCCCUGAAUUAGAAGACAGUGAGGAGAUCAGUGCUAAAGGCAAUCUGGAGGACGACAUCAUUGAGGCUGUCAAAGGGAAUCACAUUGAGUUUGGGGACUGUGCAGUCGGGAAACACUGCAGCAAGACCUUCACAGUCACCAACCGCAGCAAGGAGGAGGUGAUGCGGUUUGAGUGGCCGGCAGAUGCCCCGUUCCAGUUCUCCCCCAAGGCGGGACACCUCCAGCCUGGCCGUGCCAAGGAUAUCAAGGUGACCUUGAAAUCCAAUGUCCCAGUCACCUUCAAGAAGCACUCUGUGACAUGUAAGGUGGCCAAGAUCAAGUACCAGCUGCCACCAGAAGAGGUUUACGAGUGGGACGACGAAAUGCGCACGGUCCAGUGGGAGGAUACCACCGAGAAACGCCCAGGAGCCCGCUGGCCUCUGAAGCGGAAGGUGGCCAGGGCACUUCAGGAACCAUCUCACACCGUCCUGGGUGAGAGGAACUACGAGGUCGAGCUCAGUGCUCGAGUUGACUAC